GUAAGAACAUAAACACACUUGAACUAUUCUACAUAUCUAAAUUUCGCGUACAUGAGUACAUAAAAAGAGAAUGCAACAAAAGAAAUUGAAAUGCCAUUAAGUCACUCCAAGACACGAACAAGCUCAAGCCUAUCAGACUUCACUCAGGGGAUGUCACUCCGAAGGCGAAGAACCAAAAUAACAACAGAGAAAAAAAUAGCAGAUGAUGAGUUUAUGGCUGCAGCUAUUGGUGAUCCUGAAUGGCUGAAGCAAAGUUUAAAAGAUGCUGGACCAGAAUUGAACUUUGACAAAAAUGGCUUGACAGCUCUCCACUUGUCAGCAAUACACGGACGUCUAGAGUGCCUGAAACUGUGCAUUGAAAAGUUUAAAAUUGACGUUAACCUUCCCAGCAAAACUGGCUGGAGGCCUGUACACCUUUGUAUCAGUAACCAAACCGGCAAACGCUCACUGCAGUGUUUGCUCUACCUCCUAGAGAAUGGAGCAGAUCCAUCUAUAACAAAUGACGAUGGUGUCACCCCUGUACACCAGGCAGCAAGUGAGGGCCAUGUGCAGUGCUUAAAGAUUCUUCUAGAACUUGGUGCUAAAAUAGAUGGCAAAGAUUGCAGAGGCAACACCCCACUUGAUCUGGCCAAACUUUGGGGCCAUCGCAAAUGUGCCAGGAUCCUGGCAGCUGAAAUGUGGCACCAUGAUAAAGAGUUUGUUGCUAAAGAAAUGCUACAGUUAAAGAAGAUGAAAAUGCAGCAGGUUUUAAAAGAUUUUGAAGAAGAAGAGAAAAUAAAAUCAGAACAUCUUUACGAGCAUCAAACAUUUCAUCACUUGUCGAACUCUGGCAAUCAGCCUGAGAAAGCUUCAGAGCCUGGGAAUGGACAAACUGAGAAAAAGUCUUUUGGCAUGCACAAACCUAACAGUGUUGCUAGAUCUGGUGACACCAAAACACUACACACUCCAGCACUACACACCCCAAAGCAGAAAGCUGAUCCAUUAGAUGAAAGAUUUGAAGAUUUCUCAAAGAAAGAUGUCCAUUUAAUUAGAGAAUGUGAUGUGAAGUACCAUGACACCAAAGAUGAAACUAGCAAGAAAAACAGUCAAGCAGCCAAGUUCUAUAUCCCGGAUGAAUGGAAUGUUUCCACCAAACCCGAGGAAAACCCGUACCAGCCUGGGCUGGCCGACCACUUCCCCAGGGAUGAAUACACACUCAUGCCCAAAGUUAAAGGCGCACCCAAAUAUUUUGAGGGUAAAUUUCUCACAGUUUUAAAUGCCAACAACGUAGAUGAGGAUGUGAAAAGAAAAGGAGUGAGCGCUAAACUGAGGAAACCAAAGCUGCCAGCAGACGUCAUCAAGUCAGUGAUGAGCAGAGAGGAGGGGGGCGUGGCUAGGGGGAUGAUCUUCAAGUGCCAGCACAUCCAUGACGUCCACACCAAGAGGAAGUUUGAUGCCGGCACCAAAGGCCUGCCAGAGACCCCAUUCCAUCUGACCAAUGAUAUCAGGUCCUUCCUGCUUCAAAACAGCUUACACGUGUUGCAGUGCCAACCUAAAACCAGCAGUUCUAAAUCAGAGUCUACUGCAAGUCUCCCCACCACUGAGUGGACUCAAGCAAACUUUCCCCGUCCGUUAGUGCUGCAGACAUUGAAGAACAUGUCCAGGCCUAACCACUUUCCUAAUAUCAAAGGUGAAGAAAGAUUAUUUAUUAACUGACAAUGCUAACAAUGUAAAAGUUGGAAACAGUUGCAGUAAGAAAUCUCAGCAGCAUGAAGCCAAGGGAGACAAUGCUAGGAAAAGGACAUCAGCAUCUUUGAUACUAUUUAUAAUACUAUAGGCCUACAUGUUACCAGUUAUGUUUUAAGAUUUUAUCAACUUGUUUAAAAUUAUAUUAGAUGUUGUUUUUUUUGUAAAUUCAAGACUCAAUAAAUGUUAGUACAUAGUUCCAGGUCCAGUUUGAGCCACCAUUGACCAUUGAUUGGUCAGUAAAAAUUGUUGAGCCACCAUUGACCAUUGAUUGGUCAGUAAAAAUUGCUGUUUGUUCCAGUCAUGAUACACUUUAAUUGAAGGCCUCAUCUGUUUAGUUAGACUUUUGUUAACCCACAUUAAUUAUGGGAUGACUGCUUGUGUUUAAUGCAGACUGUUGAUGUCAUCUAGAAUAUUAUUUGUACAGACAAAACCUCUAGCAAAACUCACAGUUGAAACAUUUUUCAAAUCGAUUUUAUCAAUUUGUCUGAUGAAAACCUGUGGCUGUGGCUGAAGUUCAAAGGUCACUUGUCUAAUACAACUUCUGUUUUUUUUUUUGUUUCUACACACUGUACAUUUGUUUUUUUGUUUUUUGUUUCAUUUUUAAAGGUCACAUGGUUCAUUUCAAAUCAUUAAAACAAAUCAUUAAAACAAAUAGUAUUUGCCUGGUAUAAUGUCUGUAUUUGAAAUGCAGACUUAUGCCAAUUCUAUCAAUUUUAAAAUCAGAUUUAUACGAGCAGACAAAUCACCACAUUUUAUCAAAGUAUUUAAAACAUGUGUUAUCUACACAUCUGAAGAUCAGAUAUAAUAAAGUGUGUGCAUUCAGUAGCCAUUUUAUAACUCUAGCUUUUAAUAUAUAAACCUUGUAACCAUUGGUGGUAUCUCAAAGAUAAAUUCAAUUGCCAAACUCUAGCUUUUAAUAUACAAAACUUGUAACUAUUGAUGGUAAAACUCUAGCUUUUAAUAUACAAAACUUGUAACUAUUUAUGGUAAAACUCUUAGCUUUUAAUAUACAAAACUUGUAACUAUUGAUGGUGUCCCAAAGAUGAAUUCAACUGAUAAAGCUUAACCAAACAUUAUGAAUGCCAAAAAAUUUUCAAAUAUUUAAAAAUGUAUUUACAUUACACUCUGUGGCUUAAAACUUGCUUCUGUAAUAAAGGCAAUUCUAAAUAUUUAUUUCUGUUUUUAGUGUGAAUUUUUAUAUUUUUUUUUUAUAUAAAUGCUGUUUUUAGUUGGUUUUCUGGCUAAAGGGUUCAGCAUAGAAUCAGAAUCAGCAAAGCAAGAAAUAAUUAUAAUUUUUUAAAGCCCUUGUGAAAUUCAAUGGGUUAGACCUUUAUUGAGAUACUAGCCUCAGAAUCUUUGACACAAAUACAAAGUCUUUUUUAGUGAACCUUUGGCACAAAUAUAAAGUCUGUUUUAAUGAUCCUUCAGCAAAAAUACAAAGUCUGUUUUAGUGAACCUUUGG